AUCAAAAUAGGUUAUUUUUCUAUCAAAUAUCUUUUUUUCUGUCUACUUUUGAGAUUUUGUCCUACAACUACACAAGCACCGCCUAGCAGGAGCAAAAUUGGACAUCGCUGCGAUAGUUUUGAUCGUGGGACCUUAUAAGAAGGCAUCGCCAUCAAUCAGCCGGGAGCGAUCCGGGAGCGAGACGAGUUCAUCCUGUCGUGCGUCGCACGUGGAGGGCCUUCGAUCUCAUUCCGGUGGUUUAAAGAUGGUGUUUACGUCAAUGUUACUUCCUCAAGUAACAGAAAGUGGACCAAGCUGAUAAAGGACCCUCAUGUAGCUGACCAAUACACCUCUUUGUUGGCAGUACCCAGUGCAGAUCGAAAAGACUCUGGAACUUUUACAUGUCAAGUGUUUGAAGGAGGUAGACAGCAGUGCGCAUCAAGGAAGGUUCGAGUUGCCAAAUCGGAGGUUGCUGUCAAGGUGGAACCAAUGAGUGUAACUGUCAAAAAGGGUGGAAACUUCACUAUAAAGUGUAUCACAUUAGAAGACGAUGGUGUGGGUGAGAAGUAUAUCUACAGUUGGACAAAAAACAAAGUUCUCUUACCAGUAAAAACUGACACAGAAAAAUAUGAAGUACUUUAUCCGUCCGGUACAAUCCUUCAAGUUGCGCGAGCCGAGAAAGACGCUCAUUACUCUUGUCUGGUACAAUCUCAAUUCGGCUCAUCUGAGAGACAUGUUUGGGUGAAGGUGGUGGAUCCAAAGAUUUCCCGCACAUGUCCUGAGCAAAUACCUUGGCCAGAAACAGCUCCUGAUACAGAAAGCGUUGUAGAAUGCCCCCAAGUUUAUAAAGGAAAAGCUACACGAUAUUGUGAACUAAGAGAUGGCAAAACAGCAAAAUGGAGCUCGGCCGAUUACAGCGGAUGCACACAUAGAUAUGUUAAUGUCAUUUAUGAACAGUUUGAAAGCUACCAACUUGGAUAUAUGAACACAGCACCUAUUAAUGUUCUCCGAGGAUUCCUGUCAUAUCUGAAGAGAAACAGUACAAAUAUUCUACCUGGUGAAGGGGCGAAAAUCUUAGCAUUAACUCGCAAUGUCGUCAACUAUCUGGAGUUCGUGCAUCCUGGAGAUGCUUUAACUAACGUUACAAGUAUUAUCUUUUCCAUAAUUGAUCACAUAUUAUCAGUACCAGGUUCCAUAAUAAAGUCACCAGGUAUCAGGUUGGUGUUAGAGCUACUCAACAGCCAUUUUUACAAUAUAGCGAUAGGCUUUUUGACCAGCAACAUCACUAAGUAUUACAGGAUGUCAGAAAACACUAUAGACGUAACCUUGGUGAACAUAUCCGCAUUGAAUGUCCACGAGAACUAUUUUCACAUUCCUACGAUACCCCUGACUCAAAACAAAUCGAAAAGCUGGAGUACUGUUCAGUUUUCAGGGACAAAAAAUAAAAACCAUAUGCUUCUAACUUCAAGACUUGCAAAUGCUGUGAUUUUUCGUAACCUUAGCAGGUUUAUGCCGCCCCGAUCGUUUUUGAGACUAAGAGAUGGAUCAGAACUCGAGUACGAGCUCUACUCACAGAUUAUAUCAAUCCUGACUCUUCCCAAAGACCUGGAUAUAUACCCCAUAGCCAUAGACUUCAAGCAUGAGCUGCACAGUAACAUGAACUGGAGUGAUGACGAAACAUGGACAGUCAAAUGUGGAUAUGCAGACGCGGCGACGUUUACGUAUACCUGGGACAUUUACAGCUGUCAUACUGAAAUGCUGAAUGAGGAGAAGACCAGGUGCAUCUGUUCUAAGAGUGGGAUAUUUGCCUUGCUUUUGACUCUAGUACCACGACAGCCUGCAAAUGAGGAGAACGAUCCCAGGAAGUUAAUCUUGAUAGUAGGCUGUUCCUUGUGCAUUGUGCUCACUCUAUCCACAACUCUUUGCCUGACAGUUUCAUUUUGGUUAGCCAGACAAUCCUGUGUGAUGGCAUUGAAGUUGCAGUGUUCACUUUCCGUGUUUGUGGUUGGGCUGCUUUUUUUGAUUGCUAUCACGACAGGACCUCCCCAGAAUCAUUUCAUGUUAUUUUUGACAUCUCUGGAAGCGUUUUUUCUGCUGGGAAUGUCCAGUCAUUUAAGCAAGGUUUUGAUAGUGUUUACAGAGAUUAUACAAGCACCAAGACCAGUUGUGUCGAAGUAUACCGUUAUUGGCAUCAUUUCAGGAGUUCCUGUGAUAACAGUAUUUGGCAGCCACCUAGUUUAUAAAACAAUGGAAAUAAGAUUAAACUCUUGGUGGAUGGUGACUGGUAGUUUGGCAUUCAACAUUUUCGUCACCGUCAUGUCUAUUAUGACGAUCCUCUUCAUUUUCUUGUACAUCGUUGUCAUGACGAAAUUGAACGAGCUUUUGUUUGUCCAUGACAAGCUACAAAAGCCUAUAGAGAAACGUGUAGCUCUACUGAAGAGGUCUGGGUUCAUUUUCAGUGCUGUCACUUUGUCCUCUGUCAGCAGUAUGGUUUAUAUUAACUAUCCAAACGAAUUAUGGAGCAUAUAUCAGUUCAGUAUCUACAAUGUAUUUCUAGGUUUGAUUCUGCUGAUUUGUUACGUGCUGAACUCGGAAACUCAAAUUAAGUACAUGUUCAAGAGCAAAGCGAAGAAAAAUCCAGACGAUAAGUUCUUUAGUUUCGAUUCCUCGAGCACACCUAUCAACUUUCUGACGAAAGAAGAUGCCGAGGUAGAUAACAAAUCUACCCCAGAUAUCAAAGAUACUCAACAGUUCACCCUACGUACAGUAGAAAUGCCGAAACCCAUCUUGAAGAAGCCGAAAGCCAUCUCUGAGAGUCAAGAAGGGUGUUUCCACACCUCAACCAGUUUCUGCAGCACACCGCUAGAUGGAGUUGGAGAAAGUGUGCAGACUCCUUUAGAAUGUUAUAGUAAUAGUCCACAGUCCUUCAGGAAGUUUACUAAUCCACAGAGCCCUGAUAUCCUGUCGAAUAAGGUCUGCGCUGGUCUAGACUUGGUGGCUUCUAGUUUACAUGUGGUCAACACAGAACCAGUACAAAGACCCAUGUAUCCCCCAAAGGUGAUAAUAACACCAGACGAUGCUAUCGCGAAAAUUUUAGAAUCAGAAACUGUGAUAGUCCAAGGCAACGAAAAUAGUUCGGGUCACGAAAGGACGCAACCAGAUGGUCGUGACGAAGUCAUCAUGAAUGAAGCAACAGCAAAAACUUUAAAUGGAAGUUGUAAAGGCGAAAGUGAUCGUCACUCUAAGGAAGUAACUGUAGAGAUAGUCCCCCCACCCUCAGACCUGCAGAAGCCAUCUACCUCAACUAGCAAAGACAGUCUCAAUGGUGUUUUGGACAGCAUCAACCAAGACCUCGCCUACCUCCUCAGCGAUGAUGCCAAAGAGGAAGUGGUGACCUUGAGAAGAGUGUCAAAGACUGUGUUGCAGGAGAUUCCUGAAGAACUAAGUGAAGAGAUAGCCGGAGAUUUGCCUGAAAGCGUCACACUGAGGACUAGUUGUUAAUAGUUGUAUCUUGUACAGUUUAUAAUGGUUAAGUAGAGUGAUUUCAAGGACAAGUUUUAAAUGUGGUGUUAGUGGUAAUGAUAGAUCGGUUCAUUGGUUAUCUGACGACAUCAUGCAAUUUUUUGUCUUCAAAAAUUUAUAUAGAAACUCAGGGCGGAAAAACAAAUACGAGCGUCUAAAGUCGUCGACGAUGUGCAUUUAAAUCAGGAUUUUAACGUCGCUCUUUCAUCGCCCAUAUACGAAUAAAAAGUUACAAUUAGACGGAUGUAUUGUAAUAGAUGUAACGUAUUCAGAUUGUAUUGUUUCCAAAUGUUCAAAAAUUACUAUACGAAAACUCCUAAAAUGAGGCAUAACAAUGUCCAUAUCAGAGUGUCACCAAUGAACCCAUCCAAAUAGUGUAUAAAGUUUUUUCUGUACAGUAUUAAUUUGUUACAAUUAUUGUAAAAUAAUAUUACUAAACUAAACGGCUAAAGUCAUUCUUGUGAGUAAGAUGAUUCUUUUUCAGAUUAGUUUUGGUGAGAAUAAACCUAAAUUCUGUAAGAAAAAAUAACAACCUUUAAGUGCAGCGCCGACAAUUUACGAAGUGGUAUGGAAAACUAAAAACUGCUUUGACUUGCUAUAUAUUCUACUUUUAACAUCUACGUAGAUUUUUGUGUUUAAGUAAAAAAGCUCUCUUUCGUGUUUGUACGCAAAAUCGAGGCUAAUUUCAAGAUAAUAUGAGAAAGAAAUAGCGGGAAAAGGUUACUUUUGCUACCUAUAGGAGGCUCCACUUGACAUCCUAUUUAAGGUUUUCCCAACGGUCAUCAUACCAGUAAUUUGGAAAUAGUUUUCAGCCAUGUGUUUUCCAAGUAUGUAAACAUAGGAAUCCUGCAUAUCUUUGGUGCUGUACUUAUUAACCGAUUUUAAACGGGCCGAUAUUUCGAAAACACACGUCAAUUUGACGUCCUCUUAUAGCAACCUGAGAUAGUACUGUCUAGCACGAUACGAAGUUUUGCGCUGAAUAUGGUAUGGUAAAUUUUGCACCAACCUAAGAACAGUGUCAGGCAUCAUUUAACUAGGUACAUAAUAAGCAUGAACAAAUUUAUUGCAGACAUUUUUUGAACGUGUUCUGUUUGAAAACUGGAUUUGGGAUAAAAAAUACUUAAACCUGUUUUACAGUCCGCAAUAGGUACCAAUGCUGGCAGGUUCUCAAUUGCAAGACGGCAUAGUUCAUCUGCAGUAACGGCCCUGUUUCCUCGAUUCCACUGAGCAAGAUUAGCCAACCUAAACGAAGAAAAUACUUAUAGGUUCUUUCACGAGUACCCAUUACGAUAGAAUGUCAGCUGAUUAUCUAGUAAUAAUUCAAAAUUCCCCAUAUCGGCAAACGACACAGAAUUCUGACGGAUCCGUCCAAGCCAGGUAGACAGAGCCAUUUUUUCUUUGUUUUUUUUUUGUGCGCUAAAGAUUCAUUUAGUAUUUGCUAAAACUCUUUUAUUUUAAAAAAAUGUCAUUUGCAUAGGAAAAACAAAACGCUACAAACAACAUUGCAGACGAACACAAAAAUGUCACUUGCUGAUCAGCUGUUCACCU